AUGGCUUCUGUCAUGGCUGGCAGUAAGCGCAACUUUGCCACUGUCGCCGCCGAUUGGGAGGACACCCAGCAGCAACAACAGCCCGUCUCGAGAAAGCUGAGUCCCUUCUUGAGCCAUAUCGUCAAUGCAUAUGAACCAUCCCCGCCAACACCGCUCGGCUCGCCCUCCAGAGCUUCUCGCUCUGCGCCGAGCUCUCCUCCACACUCACCUGACUUCUCCACCGCCAGAGUCUUCGAUGCCGAUGCCUCCAUAGUCUUGACUGGACUGCGAGGCGCUGGGAAGUCUACCCUGGCCAUCAUUGCCUCAGGCGCCAUGAAGCGCAAGGUCAUGGACGCCGAGAGGGCCUUUCAGGACAUGACUGGCCUCCCUACUCCGGUCUUUAAAAAGAAACAUGGCCUGACCAGCUACCACAGCCGCCAGGCCGACGUACUGGAGGAUCUUUUCCAUCGCUAUCACAAGAAUACCAUUAUAGUGUGCUCGUGGAUGGAGCGCAAUGCCCAGGCCCUACUGCGAGAAUACAGCCACAUACACCCAGUCAUUUAUAUCGUUCGGGACACACAAGCUAUCAAACAUCACCUUAAAAUAAAUGACGAUGCGCGGCUCAAACAAAUACUCGACGCCAGUGGUCUUUUCUUCAGGAGGUGCAGCCACUUCGAGUUCUUUAACGUCUCCGAGGACAUGACAAAAAAGAGCAAGGCCGACUCGCUGGAUGGUCUAGAGACUGCGCUUGACAAGAGAUCGCCCGCCCCAUACCUUACUCUCAAAAGGGCAGAGAGACAUUUUCUGAAAUUCCUGUCGCUUAUACUACCGAGGGGUUCCAUACCCUUCAUAGAAUCCGCCUUCCCCCUCGCGUCAAUCCCAACCGAAGACAGACAGUUCACCUACGCCGUAUCGGUUCCCCUAUCCGCCCUCUUGGCCAACAAAGUAGACAUCGAAGAUAUUGAAACAGGCGCAGACGCCAUCGAAAUCGUGGUUGACGACUUGGUUUUGCCCUCAGCCUCGGAUAUAGUCAAGGAUGGCCUCAGUCCUGAACACGCAAGUGACAUUAGUCGUGCCUUGGGCGACAUCCGGAGGAAUCUUGUCAUUCCUAUACUUUACCAUGUGGUUUUCCCCGAGUCAGCACUGCAUGAUGGUGCAUGGAAGUCCUUGUACCUGGCGUACCUACAACAUGGCCUGCGCUUGGCCGUCGAAUACAUGACAGUUGACCUGCGGCUGGAAAACGACUGCAUCGCCCAACUUCGCAUGGCCAAAGGGCGUUCGAAACUUAUCGGCAAUUUUCAGCUAACAACAGAACCCGCACCGUCUUGGGCUGACUCCCUAUGGCUCAGGUCAUAUCAAAAAGCACGAGACUUGGGCUGUGACCUGACCCGACUGUCGCGGGUUGCUAGCCAUCACCUCGAGAGUUUCGACAUCGGCACCCUACGCACAAGGCUCGAUGACUUGGGCGAGCCGAAGCUGCCUGUCAUUGCUUACAACACCGGGAGGAAAGGGAAGACUUCUUCCUGUUUCAAUCAAAUAUUGACAUCGGUCCUGCCAGUUGGCUCGGCCGCCAACACAGGACAAGAUGACGACGAGUAUUAUCCGCAUCCCUCCAUCACCGCUCUCCAAGCAACGCAGAGUCUCUAUUCGUCGUUUGUAUUCGACCCAAUGAAGCUCUACGUUAUUGGCGGUUACGUGUCCUUCAGUCUGUCUCCUGGCAUGCAUAAUGCUGCACUGAAAGCUCUCGGUAUCCCACACCACUACCGGCCGCACAGCACAUCAUCGAUUCGGAGCCUGCAGGAGGUUGUCAUGGACCCCUACUUCGCUGGCGCAUCCAUCAGCCUGCCUUUCAAGGUCGAGAUCAUCAGCAUCACACACUCAUUGAGCAAGCACGCAAAGGCAAUCGGGGCUGUCAAUACCUUGAUACCCAUUCGCGCACUCAACGAGGAUGGGACUGUCCCUGAGGAUGCUCGUCUCUUCCAUUGCCGCAACCGAGCCGGGCCGAUUAAGGCACUAUACGGAGAGAACACAGACUGGAUUGGUAUCCGGGCUUGUAUUCGCCGGGGCCUGUCGCCGGCGAACGCUGUGCGGUCCACCAGCUGCGGCCUUGUUGUGGGAGCAGGCGGCAUGGCAAGAGCUGCCGUGUACGCUAUGCUCCAGAUGGGGGUGAAGAACAUUUGUGUUCUCAACCGCACUUAUGCAAAUGCGGAAAAGCUCGUCGCACAUUUUACAAAAUUACUAGCGAGGGAUGACCUACCCUUAUUCAGCCCUGACACUGAAGUUGAGACUCGUUUCCACAUCCUCAAGUCGAGGGAAGAAGCAUGGCCUGAGACAUGGCGACAACCAACAAUAAUCGUCUCCGCCAUACCGGGCCACGGUGUCGGCGACACGCCCGCCCCGGAUUUCACCCUACCUCCACAAUGGCUCGACAGCCCGACAGGAGGCGUAGUGGUUGAGUUCGCCUACAAAACGUUGCACACACCGUUGCUAGACCAAAGCCACCGAGAAGCCCAUCGAGGCUGGGUGACGAUGGACGGCCUCGACAUCCUCCCAGAGCAGGGGUUUGCCCAGUUUGAGCUGUUCACCGGUCGCCGUGCACCACGGCGGUUCAUGAGGCGAGAGGUUUUCAGAGCGUACACCGAUGAGCAGGGACGCCAUCCGGCUCACCUGCGGCCUCGAAUAGAAAAUAUAGUAGAGCAGGAGCCUUGA